AUGUCGCCGAAAUGCCCCGUACUACCAUUACAAGAAGUGACUUUAUCGUUAGUAGCUAGACAAUUAAUUCAUACUCUGUCUCGAGUUACCUCAGAAGAAGAUGUGGCUCUCCCCUUCACGAUGGUGUCGUCGUAUUAUGAAAGCAUGGGGGCGACAAGUGAUAUAUUCCAAGAUCUCCUAAAUUUAAUACUUAGCUCAGAAUAUUUGGAUCCAUCCAUCAGAUACUUCACAAUGAGAUUACUGUUAAAGGAGAAUGUGAAAAGUUUAGCCACAGGCAUCUUCCCUUGUCACUUUUAUAGAAAAGUCCUUGAACUGAUUGCGGAACAAGGCCGACAUUUGACAACUCUGAAUUUAAAAGGUGUGUGGGUUAAAGAUGAACAGCUGUCGCUUUUAUAUGAGAUUAUAAAGAAUUUAUCGAACCUAACCGCUCUAAACAUACCUUACAUAGCAAAUGACGAAGUGCUCAAGUUUAUAGGUGAAAAUAACAAAGUUUUAAAAUUACUCGACGUGUCCGGUGAAACCGAUAUCACUGAAAUUGGAAUUGAUGCAAUGCUCACAGGUAACCCGCAGCUGACUCAGAGCUUAACCGUAGUGAAUAUAGGAAUGUAUGGCGAAGAAAACAUAGAUCACACAGACGUAGCACUUCUUAUUAGAAGAUUACCGAAUCUUACGAAUUUGGGUAGUUAUUCAUUUGUUGGGAAAGCACUAUACUAUAUAUAUAACAAUGACUGCCCGCCAGGUUUCCAAACAAAGCUUCAAUAUAUACACGACGUUCAAACAAACUCAAGGACUAUGAAAGCAAUCAUUGUUUUAUGUCCAAUGAUAGAAACUAUUUACUUAGAAGAACCAGACCAUGGAGUGAUACAAAUGAUUAAAGAUUUAACUUGUUUAAAUAAGAUUAAACUAAAUAAAUUCCAGUGUCAUGAGUUACAUCAGUUACUGGAUAAAAUAGGUUAUAAAAUAGUGACUUUAAUGCUUUCUGGGUCGCUCGGCUCCUUUAAUUUUACGAGGAUAGCAGAGACUUGUCAGAACUUGGAAAGUUUAGAAUUUUAUUCCAUACAAACGGCAACUCAUGAAGAAGAGGUUCCAUUCAAUAAGCUUGAGCACAUAGAAAUUAUACAGGGUAACCUGUCAUCGUCUUGUUUGAAGUAUCUCAUGACAGGAAGCCCUAAGCUUAAAAAGCUAAUCAUUGGAGACGAGAUAAAGUUAGACGAUCAAGAUAUGGCGCGGAUGCUAAGGCGAUAUCGUUUCGAGAAUUUAGAAGGAAUUUGGUUUCCAAUAGCACCUCGUCUUACUGUAGAAACAGUGGAACUUUUAAUGGAAACGUGCCCAAACCUACGAAGUCUUGGACAGUUAAGCGGAUGGAGGUUUACUCCAGACGACAUGAUGUUGAUGCGAGCGAUCAUCGCAAGCACUAAUAUGGACUUGAUACUGUCUCCACUCGGAAUCUUCCAACAAGGAAAU